AUGAAAGCUUCUUUUCGACUAUUGGUGGCUGAAUCGGAUUCUGAGAAAUUUUGGAAUGAUAUACUUGAAAACUCCAGGGCAUUUAUAAAUUGGUCCAUUUAUGUCACCAAAGUUAAUCCCAAAGUUGAUAAAGGUUGUAGAGCUGUUCCUUUACCAGUACUCUUUUCUAUACUCUUGCCUGUGUUAAACAAAGGUGAGUCGUUAUUGAAUCUGAUCCCCAGACUUACCAUUAUCCAGUGGGCUUUUUUUCCAUAA